AUGUACGUCACAGGGCUGCUGCCCUCCUUUUCCUACAGCCUGUCCCCUCCCCCAGAGCCUCCCGCGCUGUCCCGCAGAGACCACCAGCCAGGAAUACCCGGCCCAGGGGGCAGCCCCAAUUGGGAGGGCGCAGACCACAGGCUGGGCCUGGAGGAAGAACCACUGCAGCAGCCCUGGGUCCGGCCCAGCUCAGCAUCCUCUCCCCUGCCGCCUGCUCCUCGGAGGUCCCAGGCCAGGGCCGCAGCUGCAGUCAGACCUCCACUCUGCGACCGCGACCCGGUGGACAGACCCCCAGCCAAGCUCCUGCUGCCCCUCCUGGUGAGCCUGGUCCAUGCGGCCGCUGCCCCAGACCAGGCCCUGCAGCGAGCAGGCAUCGUAGGGGGACGGGAGGCCCCUGGGAGCAAGUGGCCCUGGCACGUGAGCCUGAGAUUCAGCACCCAGUACUGGAAACACAUCUGCGGGGGCUCCCUGAUCCACCCCUGGUGGGUGCUGACCGCGGCCCACUGCGUCGGACCGAAAGUCCAAGACCCCACAGUCCUCAGGGUGCAGCUGCGGGAGCAGCACCUCUGGUACCAGGACGAGCUGUUGCCCAUGAGCAGGGUCAUCCCCCACCCCCCACACCCCAACUACUACGUAGCUGAGAACGGGGCGGACAUCGCCCUGCUGGAGCUUGGGGACCCUGUGAACAUCUCCAGCCACGUCCAUCCGGUCACCCUGCCCCCUGCCUCGGAGACCUUUCGCCCAGGGACUCGGUGCUGGGUGACAGGCUGGGGCAACUUGCACAGUGGAGAACCCCUGCCACCGCCAUUUCCCCUGAAGCAGGUGAGGGUCCCCAUCGUGGAAAACAGCAUCUGUGACAUGAAAUACCACACCGGCCUGUACAUAGGGGACAACACCCCGAUCGUCCGGGACGACAUGCUCUGUGCCGGGAAUAGCAAGAGGGACUCCUGCCAGGGCGACUCCGGAGGGCCCCUGGUCUGCAAGGUGAGUGGCACCUGGCUGCAGGCGGGUGUGGUCAGCUGCGGCGACGGCUGUGCUCAGCCCAACCUGCCAGGCAUCUACACCUGCAUCACCCACUACUUGGACUGGAUCCACCAGUACGUCCCCGAGGAGCCCUGA